ACUGUUUCCGGUUUUCCUGGCGUAUCCUUGAUCUUGGAUUAUUCCAGUGACUUCCCAGCCACACUAGGCACCAGAUAUAUUCACGUGAAUAGAUGAUGCACAAUCAUUCUAUUAUUCUUGAUACGUUCCUCUCAAGUGAAUCAGUCGUUUCAUCGUAAUCACAGAUGGCAGAAAUUUUCGUUAAGGUUUCUUCAACGAGUUUACAUAACACCUGGCAUAAGCUUCAAAUGAUUGAAUUCCACGCUCCCACGUUAAUUGCUCAACGAUCAUCGCUAGAUAGUUGGAGGUGCCAAUCUUGUGAAAUUCUCAUUACACGUGAAACCCUCGUAUUGGACAAGUACAUGAUAUACAAGAGAAUCUUACGUGUGCCACCCAAACGUAAGAGGCAAAACCACUUGGCCUCAACUCUCCCUUCCCCUCCCCCCCCUUCAAUUUGCCUGAGCAUCUCAAGCAACGUUAAAUUGACAUUAUAUAAUUUUCAUAAUGCGGAAGCAAAUGACACGAACAGUAUCUAUUUAUAAGCUUUCGCCGUAUUAUUCCAAUCAUCUCUCAUGAACCAAUCACAUUUUUCUCUUGUAAAUAAUCACCACGGGUAUAAUUUCAACAACUGAUUGAUGAAAUUCAACAUCUGGGUAACUACUGACUAUUGUCGAAGCAAUUAUAAUUAAUCUUGAGACAAGUGAGUUAAAAUUUCGACAAACGUAUAAAAAUUGAAACUUUUUCACUUUCAAUUCCUCAAAAUUCCCAGCCCUAAUCUCUCUCUCCCUCCCUCUCUCUCUCCCUCGCUCGCUCUCAUUACAACGAGUACGAGCAUUAUAUUAAACAAAAAACAUUGCUGUCACGAUGGAAAGUUUCAUUCUCCCAGUUUACCUAUGAUUGCUAUAUGAGAAAGAAACGACGAAGUACGCGCCCCUUGGUGACCUAUCGAAACAGAUGAAACAUUCGAUUACGAAUCUCACCGCAGUGAUUGUGGCAAUGGGUGUAUUGACCGUAUUAACAUUAAAUCCGAGGUGUCGAAAUACAGAGACUGACGUAUAGUUUUAUGAGAUAGCUCUCCAAGCUUUAAAAAUCAUUUAUUUAACUCGAGGGGGGUUUAUUGCACACCUUGGGCGUGUAACAAACUGCACGAGUGCUUGGUCCGGUCCAGGGCAGGGCAUACCCUGGUCCAGUAAUUCUUAAUGAGGUAUUGUGAUGUUAAGUACUUGAGAAACCAAUGCCCACGUUUUUAAACCAAUUUUCAAACCCAUUCUCUCACCAGUCUUAUUUAACCAUAAAAUUGAAUUUAAAAAAUUGCAAAAUAUAUUUAUAUUAUAAAUCCAAUAUUUCCAGUACUUUUCGACCCUCACAUUAAUAAUGAGAGAAUAAACGAGCCAUUACAAGGUGUUUGAUUGCAAGGUGUAUCUCAGAAAUCAAAUUAAAUAGACCGUAUAAACGAAGGUUUUAUCCAAUUGCUUACGAAAGUUGAUUCUGUGUGACGUCAUAGGUACAAUUUAAUCGAAGGAUUAUCGUUUCUUAAUCAGCCGCACCGGCAGUAUGCAUUAUUUCAAAUUACAUCCCAGACAAUAGUGCAUACAUUGAUUAAAUAAGUAGAAAAAAAUAUAUAUAUAGUACGUAUUUAUGGGCUGGGUGAUCGACAUUAUGUGCUUGGUACAAAGCAUUGUACCUUAGAACGGCAUUGCUGCACUUGACGCGAGUGACACGCGAGCCUAGUGCAUGAGAGUCAGUACACUCUCACAAUCAGGCAAUGUCCAGUGAGUUCAUGGCAGUACGUUGUUCCAGUGACGAGCGAGGCGAGAGAAGCCGACAAUCGAACCUCGACCCGUUACUAUCCCUCUUAUUUUAUCCAUUAUUUCUGUUUUUCAAUAAAUUGUAACUUUUAUUCGUCAAUUGCAUAUUACAAAAUCAUCAAAUGUUCCAGAAUUAUUUUUACAAUUGAUGAAAUAUCAUUAUAAUUGAUCAUUGAUAUUGAGAGUGCUUAGUAUGUGCGGAUAAAAAUUAAUCGUAUGUUCAUAGCUGUUUUCAGUCGAUGUCGAUAUUGUAUAAUUUUUUACAGAACAGCACCGAAAUGUUUAGAAUAAUUUCAACAUACAGAAACAGAGAGGAAUGAAUAAACAAGGGCCUUUUGUCAAUUGGCAUAGGAGAAAGAUAUACCUUCUGUGUGCGAUAAA